UGCCCUUCUCACUCCCCCACACCGGAACGAUGCUGAAACCACUCAUCUGGGGGUCACAAGCCCCUGAAUGGGAAGAGGACGCGGAAGACGAAGGGGGACUUCCGGGUUGGCAACGGAGCUCCCAAAACUCGACCGCGAGCGCGGUCGCCAAGCAAGAGCAUCAACCCCAGCCUGCUGGCAGUAGCUUGCGUGGGACCUACGACGUUAACCGGAAGGGCCUGGCGGGUCCCCUCAGCGUCAACGACCCGCAGCUGCUGGAGCCCCCGACCCACAGGGUGCGCUUCACCAACUCGGAGAGCUUCUUCAACAUCGCGUCCCCCUUCGGGCCCCCCGGCGCGAGCAAUACCUGGAGCCUGUCGCGGAGAGACGCUCCCGAGCACGUCCACCUCCUGCUGAGGGCGCUCAUGGCGGCGCACGACUACGCGGGCGCGGCGCGCGCCCUCGCGACGCUGCACCGGCUCCACUCCCUGUUCGACCCGGACGUGUACCGGUACACGGUGGCCUUGUUGCGCCUUGCCGGAGAUCACCAGAAAACCAGCAUGUACUUCCGUAAGAUUCUGGGGAAGAGGUUACUGGCUGGUGUCUUCGCCCCCAAAGGAGGGUCGGUGCAGGGGUCGGUGCGGGGGAGAGCUACGGCGCACGACUUCUUGGCGUACCUCGCCGACAGGCAGGAGUUCGACGAAGCCCUCGACCUCAGCCAGGGCGGCUCGUUCUUGAGCCACGGCCCCUUCAAGCAGGACCCCUCGCUUAAGGCGCACGGCGCGGUGCUCCGCCUUUUUGUCGCGCUCCUGGAGCACCAAGCCUGCAGCGGCUGUAGCUAUACUUCCGACGGCAGUUCUUGUGCCGCGGAUUUCCCUGCUCCUUCUGCUGGCAAUGCAGCUGCUGUCUCGGGACGGCAGCGGCCCCCCCCUCUCAUCCCCGGGCUGCAAGACCCGCUCUCGCUUGUUGGCCGGCUGCGGGCCUGCUGGGUCGAUUGCGGCGGCGGCGGCCACGGCGGCAGCCGUCAAGCGCGGGCGCUCGAGCACCUCAGGUACGCGCAGCGGCUGCUCGAGCAGGCGGCGACGGGCUCGCCGGGCGACGCCUCCAUCGCGGGCUACCGGGCGGCGGCCACGGCGGCGUCGGCGGCGUCGGAGGGCGGGGGGAUGCCGGCCGCCCUGCGGCAGCUCGCGGCGUUCGUCGAGCGCAACCCGGGGAGCGUCAAGGGGCACCGUCUCCACGCCCGGCUCCUGGAGAUGAGCCGUCGGGAGGCCCAGCAGCGCGCUGCGGCCGGCGGCGGCGGCGGCGACGACGACCGCCUAUCGCUGCCGCAAGAGGAGGGAAGGAGGGACAGGGGGCAAGGAGAAGGCCGCGACGCCAUCGGGGGGGCGGGGGCACAACAAGCGGGUGCGGAGAAGAAGGCAGCAGGCACAGCCGAGGAGGAGGACCAGGACGGUUUGCUCCUGGUCGGGGUUGCCAGGGCGCGCGCGCUCCGCGGGUGGCUGGAGGCCGACCCGCUGGAGCCGCGCGCCGUACUGGCCCUGGCCGCCCUGCACGCGGAGGGCUCCGCGGCGGUGGUCGGCGUCGCCGACAGGGCCUUCGUCGUGGACGGCCUGGUGGCCCAGCUGGAGACCUCCUGCGGCGGCGGUCCCCGCCCCUGCCCCGCGCCUGCGGUCGACGCUCGCGGGACGCUGCAUACCACACGCGCGGCGACGACGCUGUGGACCGCUCUGGCCGACCUCCUUGGGCCCCUCCGCGUGAGGGACGAGCCGGUUCCAGUCGUGCGGCAAUCCGGCGGCAGUGGCGGCGGCGGCAGGGAUAAGUCGACAGCAGCGGUGUCGCCGCCACCGCCGCCGCGCCCGGGAACCAUCUGGGACCACCUGUACGGAGCGGACCCGCCGUGGGCGCCGACAGAUUUUGUGGCCGCCAGAGGUCGGGUCGUUGGUUCUGGCCUCGCCGACGGUCGCGCAGGAGUUGGGGGUGUGCUGGGAGGACAAGCAAUGGGUGAGGGAGGUGGCGGCGACCGCGGCGGGUUGUCGGCGUUAGGGUCGUAUUCGCCGCACCCGCUCCUCCGAGGCGUGGACGCAGAGCUGUGGGAGGAGACGGUGUUGGACCCGGAUGCAGAACCGUUGCUGCUGGACCCGGGGGGGGGCGUGGGCGGCCGGGGACAGGAUGGGUGUAUUUGGUGCAGUGACGACGAGGACUGUUGCAGUGGUUCGGACGACGAAUCGGCCCUGCUGCAGGAGCGCGCGCGGCUGGCCUCCCGGGGGACCGGCGGCUGCGUCUACUUCUCGCCCCCGGGGGGCGAGGACGGUGUUUUCCGGAGGCGGCGGAAAAGAAGCGGAGAGGAACGGGGCGCCGCGCGCACAAACUCGCGACGGCCGUUCUUCGAGACGAUGACGGUGGCUGGGAUAGUGCUAGAAGGCACCGCAGAGACUCAGGCCGCGGGGUCGGAAGAGGGUGAUCAUGCGAGGAACCCGGAGGGGGGCGGUGAUGCUGCUGCUGCUGCUGCUGCUGCAGCUGCUACUCGGCAGAGCCAUGCGGUUGAGAAGGUCUUGGUGAAUGCCGCCGGGGGCGAAGCGGAAGGAGGAUCAAGCGAAGACGACGAGGGGGUGGCUAGUAGGGCAACAAAGCGACGGCGGCGGCAGGGGGCGUCGGCGGAGCAGGGGGCGUCGGGGGAGCAGGGGGCAUCCGGCGGAGCCCCUGGUAGCAGCGGGAGAGGUAGAAACAGGUCCAACCGACGCGACCUCGAGAGCGAGGAUGAUGACUACGAGCCGGAAUCGCCCGGCGUGGCCCGGUCAAGGCCGGCGAACCUGAAGGUCGAGCACGACGACGGUGACCAAGAGAGCGAGGAAGAAGCCGACGAGGACUACAUGACCGCCCCGGGCUUGCGUGAAGCAGAGGCGCCGCUGGGUCCACCGACGGGGACGGAUGCGGCGGCGACCCGCCUGUCGGAGACCGUUUCCGUCAAGCUUCCGGGAGAAGCGGCGGCGUGGCUUUUGGCGGACAAGUGCUGCGUGGCGGCGCACAUGUUCGGGCCGCAGCACCGCUAUUGCCUGAGGGCGAUCGGACGAUUAUGCCGAGAGGACGUCAGAGAGACCGCCCGCCCGGCUCGCGCGGUGCUGAGAAGCCAAGGUUUCCGACUUCAACUAAGCUUGACGAGGCUCGCCGCGGACAAAGUUCGGGGCGAGGCUGCCAAGGAAGGGAAGGCGAGCGUCGCUUGGGGCCUUCCAGACGCACCACCGGCGGCACAGCACGUGCUCCCCUUCGACAGCUACGUGCCGGAACCGGUUGGAUCUCUGGCGGCUGCCGACGACAGCAGCAACUGAGCAAGCAAGCGCGGCCUUCAGCCUUUAUUUCCACAGAUUUUGGCGCUGCUGGCGCUGCAAGCAGCGCUCAGCGUUCUUCCCCAGCUGCUGGCACUGCCGAACCGUGGCCAAGCUGGUUUUACUAGAGGGCGGCGGGGGUGGAGGUGGAAUGCUGAUGAACGAGAGGUCGUAUCGAUGCGCUUCAGAAGCCGAAGCUUGUAGUACGGCGCGAUGAGAUUUGUGUGGGGUGGUCACGCUUGGGAUGGCUUUUGAACCUGCUCCGCCGUACCGCUCGUUCCGCGACGGCUGCGACUGCUCUUCGGCAGUCUUCUUUCGACACCAUCCAUCAAAAUGUACAGUAAUAGUUACGUUUUGAUGGAUGGUGUCGAAAGAAGACCGCCGAUGAGAGACGUACAUACACAGAUAUUGUCGGGAAAGAGAAGUGAAAAAGGUGAAGGCUCCAAGGCUUGGCAAUACGAUGGCUUAUUCCGGGGUUGAUGCACUACCGCGGCGGUGUAGCAGUCAGGAGUUGUGGAGGGACCGUGGCCUUAUUCACUUCCAUUGACCCACUCA